AUGCUGAAGACGGUCAAACCCAAGAAUGCCCGCGCCAAGCGCGCAAUGGCAAAGCGCGAGCCGCAACAAAACGAGAACCCCAAGACGACGCUCUUCGUCUCUGGCCAGAAGACGUCUCAGAUCCUCAAGCUCGCCGUCGCCGACCUUUGCACAAUCAAGCGACCCUUCAUCGAGCGCUUCACCAAGAAGAACGACAUCCACCCUUUCGACGAUGCAACUUCGCUCGAGUUCUUCUCCCAGAAGAACGACACCUCGCUCCUCGUCCUCUCGCUACACUCAAAGAAGCGGCCACACUGCUUGACACUGGCAAGAACAUUCUCAUACAAGAUGCUGGACAUGCUGGAGCUGUACAUCAACGCAGAGACUUUCCGGACGCUGCAGCAAUUCAAAAACAAGAAGCCUUCCAUCGGCCUCAAGCCACUAAUCAGCUUCCACGGCACCGUCUUCGAAGACCCCAACCAAACCAAAUACACACUAGCCAAGAGCCUGUUCAUCGACCUGUUCAAGGGCCAAGACGCAACCGAAGUCGACGUCGAAGGCCUCCAAUACCUCAUCUCCGUCUCCGCCGAAGAACCCACCGACGCGCUCCCCAACCCGCAGAUAAAACUCCGCUUCUACCUCCUCCGCACCAAGCGCUCGGGCCAAAAGCUACCGCGCAUCGAAGUCGAGGAGAUGGGCCCGCGCAUGGACUUUACCCUCGGCCGCGAAAUGUUCCCUGACCCGGAUAUGAUGAAGCAGGCGCUGAAGAAGCCCAAGGGCGCUGAGCCGCGCACCAAGAAGAACUUUGACACUGAUAUGAUGGGUGACAAGGUGGCCAAGGUGCAUCUUGGCAAGCAAGACUUUGGCAACCUGCAGACGAGGAAGAUGAAGGGUCUCAAGCGAGGAAGGAACGAGGAUGACGAGGAGGUUGGUGUCGAGGACACGGCGAGUGAAGGCGAGGAGGAGGAGAAGACACCCAAGAAGGCCAGAGUAUGA